CGAGAUGGGUGGAGCUUCUGGAGAGGCGUUGCCGCAUACUGUCCUCAACGGGAUUAUAUGCUGCAGUCUGUUGCACAUUUAUCAUACAUUGCGCCCUUUCUUUUAGCAGCUGACGUUACCGCCACCUUGUUACGAUAACAACAAUAAGAAGAAUAAAAAGCGAACUAUGGCUAACUACAUUCAUGUACCCGAAGAGGCUCCGGUCGUGCCAAAAAUAGACGUGACAGUUGACGAGAGCGACUACAGAACCGGUGCAUUGAAGCUAAUGAAGGAGCUGAGACCAAACUGGAAACCCUCCGAGGUCAAAAUGAAGUUCUUCACAGACGGCAUCACAAAUAAGUUGAUGGGCUGCUACGUGGGGACAUCUCUACAGGAUGUGGUCUUGGUUCGUAUAUAUGGCAACAAAACGGAACUUUUGAUCGACCGUGAAAACGAGGUCAAGAGUUUUCGAGUGCUGCACGCGCACCGCUGCGCACCGCGCCUUUAUUGCACUUUCAACAACGGCCUGUGCUACGAGUUCCUGCAAGGAACUGCCCUGGAGCCGGAGCAUAUUCGUAGCCAACCCAUUUUCAGGCUCAUUGCCAGACAGCUAGCCAAGUAUCACGCCAUCCAUGCUCACAAUGGCUGGGUGCCCCAGUCAGACUUGUGGCUGAAGAUGGGCAGGUACUUUUCCCUUAUCCCAAAGUACUUCACGGACCCUGAGCAGAAUGCAAGGUUGAACACGGAGGUGCCCAGCCCGCCAUGCCUUCGAGAAGAACUCGUGUGGCUCCAGCAGAGCUUGUCAGUGCUGGGCUCCCCUGUGGUCCUGUGCCACAACGACCUGCUGUGCAAAAACAUCAUCUAUAACCAGCAGGCAGGGAACGUAAAGUUCAUCGACUACGAGUACGCAGGCUACAAUUACCAAGCCUUCGACAUUGGGAAUCAUUUCAAUGAGUUUGCUGGUUUGAACGAAGUGGAUUAUAGUCGAUAUCCAGAGCGGCACUUUCAGCUGCAGUGGCUCCGCUCGUACCUGGAAUCCUACAAGGAACACAAAGGUCUGAGCACUGAGGUGACUGACAGGGAAGUGGAGGUCCUUUACGUGCAAGUCAACCGAUUUGCCCUGGCAUCACAUUUCUUCUGGGCUCUCUGGGCUCUGAUUCAGGCCAAAUUCUCCACCAUUGACUUUGACUUUUUGGAGUAUGCAUUGCUGCGCUUCAACCAGUACUUCAAGAUGAAACCAGAGGUGACAAUGUUGAGCCUACCGGAAUAGAAGCCCCACCCCCCCCAAACAGACACACACACACACACACAUACACUCUUCCUGCUGCUCUUUCUAGCCCCCACCCUGCUCUGUGCCUCUCUUAUUACAAGCAUAGCGUGCCCUCUAUGGGUGUAUGUUGGGAAUUCUUAUUCAGUCAGUGCCUGCUACAGUAGGUCACAUCCGCUUGUCCUCAUUGCAACAGACCACUACUUGAUCCACAAGCUCAUGUAAUCCAUAGUAAGUACUGACUGACUUAACAACACGCUCCAAUGUGAAGCAUUCUAAAUAUACAUUUAAAGGAAUCUGCAUAUUGCUAAGAGAGGUGAGCCAAACUAAUGUGAUUGCUUGGAGGCGGUACUAAUCACUUCCACAGCAACCCUCUGAGAGGCAAGCAAGCUAACAGCCACACAUAGAAAUAUGAGGAAGAGUCACAACACAACAUACGCUUCGUGGCCUUUGUUUUGAACCCUUAUUUUGGCCAGCAUAUACUGUGCAUGGCUUACAUACCGGAACAGCCAUGCAGUCACUGUUUGAAGUGAGAGUCAGAGCGUCUCACUGUAGUUUGUGCAUUCCAUGUUCAUCAUGCUGCUUCAAGUGUGUUUGAAACGGUAGCUCAUGUGGCAAAGUCUGCAGCAUCGGGAUCAUCAGCCGGAAGCCAUGAUGCCACACUAGACUAGACCAAAACAAUGUCACUGACACUUGUAGAUUUUGUCAUUUCGAAGUGCACAUUGUAAGUGUAAAUGCAUGUUAAGAGAAAAGUGUGACAUCAGCUGCAAAAGUGAUGCUCAGGAAGAAAACCGUCUAAAAAGAAAAAAAAAAGGCUGCUAUUUGACAGACGGACCAAUGGACAGAAAGCAAUUAAAAAGACGCCUUUAGAAGAUUUGUUGACUUUUAACAACCCCAAACCAAACUUGUAAAUAAUGCACACCAACAUGUUGUGUGAAGUGUAAAGACAGCAGUUAACGAGGGCUACUUACAAAUAUUUUUUUCUAAUUUAAAGAGUUUGCUGGAUGCAAUAACAGUUUGAGCUUUUUAACAAUAACCAGAGCUUCCUGUGCAAUUGAAACAUGCAAAAUGCAACCACACGUUAGAGUAGAGACUGUAAGACUGGAUGUUCACAUUGCACUGUUCAUCUUCCAUAGCAAAGAACUAGAUGGCGAGGCGUUAGUUUGCCAGCGUGCGCUUAUUUUCUACUUCUCACUUGGAUGAUUUUUAAGUAAUGUUCCUAUUUUCUAGUGUUGUUCAUCUUUCAUGCCAGUGAAUUCAUUUGGAAGGAGCAGAUGUAAUGCACAUCAGCUGUAAAAAUGUGACAAUAUUUUGUUAAGUGUACAUGGUUUGGGGGAACAUGUUUAACGGUUCUUACUGAUGCUUAGUAGACUGUUUACAUAACAUUUGUCACAUGUGACUGCCUCAUAAUCACUACAUCAUCAUUUCCGCUGUCAUUACCAGACUCACAUUUAAUAUUCAACUGGUUUUUUUUUCUUUUUAGUUUGGUCAUUUUUUUAUGUUUUCUGUGGCCACUGUAGUAUAAUGUUUAUAAUGUACAGUGAACAAAUGUAAUAUCUUUUUGCUGUUUGAAUUUUUCUUUUAUAUUAAAGUGAAUAGCAAAUAAAAUCUGAAAUAUGACUUUAAAUACUGUAAACAAGCUUGAGAAAAUAAAAUGUAUUUACUCUUA